AUGAAGAAAGGCUUCUUGCUGCCGAAAAAUGAUGCGAAGACCGAGAAACCCAAGAAGACGCGGCCACCCGAGAAGACCGAAAAGGAUGAUGCUCUUCAACAGCCGGCGGUCUCGAGCUCAGCCGCCGCCGAGGUUCCGAAGAUCUAUACCCAACCAGAGAUCAACCACUUCGUGAAGCAGCUGGAGGUUAUGAGACGUUGGGGAUCCGACGACUUCACCUAUAUCACGGAAUCGGGAGAAAUCUUCCGCAAAGGAGAUCUGGAAGAGAUUGUUCGUGUUUGGGAAGGGGCUCCCGUAGGCGGCCCUGGAAUUCCAGGGCAUGGCGAACGACCCCAUGCGAGUGAAGCUGGAUCGGGAGAAGCCGAGAACGACCCGGCGAAGUUCGGGCGGCUUCUGAACACCGCUAUGAGGGCGGGGGCUGCUGCUGGCGGAGUGGCUGGGCAGGGCUUUUCGGACACCUUCCUGCAGGACACUCAGCAGACGGAGGCCACGAUCGACGCGCAAGAGGAGCAGGACCUGAUGAAAGAACUCGAGUCUCAGCUCUACGGCUGCGAGAUGGACAUCUCCUCCCAGGACGCCCAGCCGACCCAGUACGAUCUGCCACCUGCUGACUUGCAGACAGAAGGUGAGUUGCAGCACUUGCCUCUUUGGGUAUUCUUGACUCUUUUUGAGGCCAGGUCCUCCAUGGACCUUUUCCAGUCCAACCGCGUUUUUGACACCGGAUCGUUACACCGUCAUCGGUACUGCGUGAUCUGCGAGGCGAACCGUUUCGAGCCGCCUCCUUGA